CAGGAAUGGGCGAGGCGGCAGCUCGACCAAUCGCGAGCCAGGAUCCCUCGGUGGAAACUGUUUUGAAAAAGCUUCCAGUGUCAAGGCAGCAGCACGAGUUUCACCGGGGGUAUUUUGACACUACAAUCUCUAAUUAAGUUUAACAAUCUCGAAAAGGCAAAAUGGAGAGGCACCAAGAAGAAGAGAUUAUGAAAGAACUAAGAAAUACCACAGAGCAACUCCAUGGGCUCUGGAACGAAAUUGGAUUUGAUAAACCUGCCUGCAAUGAGCGCAGAGAGAUGAUCACGGCACACAUUAAGGAUCUUCUUAAGACAAUGUGGGAGCAAGAAAAUAAGUUAAAGAAAAAGCUUUUAUCAAGCAUAGAAGAUAACGGCCAAGAAUUUUAUCAGCUUAAUAAGGAAUUAGGCACUACAUUACCUGACCCUGAAGAAAACAUGAGUUUGCUGGAGCUUGAGCGUUACCUUCGCCAUAGUGUUGAGAAAUUACAGGACGAGGUUAAAAAGAGACGUCUGAGAAUCCGGGAUUUGAGACAAGCAGAACAGGAACUGUGUGAACGCUUAAUUGAAGAGCCAUCAAAUGCAAUAAAUAAGCCAAUACCAGCUCUAGAGGAUAUUGAAGACCUGGAAAGAAGAAUUCGUACACUUGAACAGGAAAAGAUUAACCGAGAAAAGACCUUUCAGCACCUGAAGUCUAACAUUGCAAGACUGAUGGAGGAAUUGGAACAAAAGGCCAACACAACAUUUGAGAGAGAUAUUCUUUCUGAGGUAGAAGACCUCUUUACGCUGUCCCAGCAGAACAUGAAGCAAAUGAAGCACCUCAAUGAGGAGUAUGAACAAAGGGUUAAAGAUAACAAAACCGAAAGCUUGGAGUUACAUGAGCGCAUUCGGCUGCUCUGUGACAGGCUUGGGUUGGAUCCAGGUGAGAGAGACCAGUUCCUUGCAACAGCUGAUGGUCACACACCAUCUGUCUUGGCAAAGCUUCGAGCUGAAUUGUCUCGUUUGCAAGAGCUCAAGCAGCAGAAUAUGGCACGAUUCAUAAAUCAACUGAGAAGGGAGCUUGAGACAUGGUGGGAGAAGUGCUACAUAACUGAUGAAGAAAAGAAUGCAUUUUCACCAUACCUCUCUGAAAUCUAUACAGAGGAAAUCUUGGAAGCCCAUGAUGCAGAGGUUCAGCGGCUGCAAGAAUAUUAUACAGAAAAUGAAAAGCUCUUCCUUAAGAUCAAGCAAAGGCAGGAGGUCUGGAAUAAGCUGAUGGAACUAGAAGAGAAAGCUAAUGAUCCUAACAGAUUGUUUGGUAACCGUGGAUGUUCGCUGUUGCAAGAAGAAAAGGAGCGAAAAAGAGUCAGAAAUGAAUUGCCUCGGAUAGAAACAGAACUUGAAGAUUUGGUGUUGCAGUGGGAAGUAGAAAAGGGAAAGCCAUUCCUUCUUGGAGACCAAAGUGUAUCAGAGUACAUUCAAACUCAGUGGGAGAACUAUAAGAAUCAAAAGGAGCAAGAAAAGAAAGACAGACAAAGUGCCCGAGCAAAGCAAUUGAACAUAGAGAGUCGCAUGGGAACUAGACCUCCAACUGUUAAGAGACGAAUUGCCCGCAAUGAUACCUUAAGAAACUCCAAAAUACGAAGAAUUGGAGAAGAAUCCCCAGGGCAGUCCACCACACUUACUCCAACUAAUGCAACACGUAGGACAGUGCUGAGGGAGCAGAACCAGAACACCUUGAAAAAUACAACUGUACAGAAAUUUGCAAAGAAGGAUGGCACAUUAUCAUCCAAUGAUAUUUCAACAUACUCCCACUUUUCUGACGGAAUUCAGCGCCGCAGUGAGCGUGAAAAUAUUCGUAGCUCUACUGUCCAUGGGGCUAACAAGACUCCACUCUUGGUGUGUCGGCCUUCGCCACGCCGACCCCCUCCAGGUUUGCCCAAAACUCCUAAGACUCUGCCACGUGUAGCAACCCGUCGAUCUCCUCGCUUUAGUGCACCCCGCACCAGCCGACACUCACCCAGAAGUACAACCGUGUCAAGGAUGGUAUCUCCAGCCUCCUCUUCCACUUUCAAAUCUCCAAGAGCUGGUACUCCAAGAGCUACAACACCUAAUCGUUGGAGCAAACUCAGCUUCUUAAUCUGAACAUUUUGUUUUGUUUUACCAUUUCUCAUAUAUACUAUCAUUAUUUUUUCUUUCUUUCUUUUGCUUUCCUUUCUUUUUUUUAAGAUGUCCAAGGUUAUUGCAAGUGGGGUAUUGACACUGAACAUUUCUGUCAAUUUUUUUCAUUUUUGGAAAUAGUGUAUAUAAGAAACUGUAUGGAUGUAUAAUUGAUACAUCUUAGAAUAUAACUCAUAUUUUCUUUCUUAAUUGUGAUUCAUUAUAUUACUGCUUUCUAAAACAUGACUUCAAACUGACUAUCAGCAAGCAGUACUCAGUCGCUGUAUUAUCAUCUAUUACGUAUUGUUUCUUUUAACAGAAGGAAAAGGUGGUGUGCAUAUAUGUAUGUAUAUAUGAUUACAAUCAGAGUAAGAAAUCUGUAAAUAUGUGGAAAGAGUCUUAGGACUGGGACACUGCUAUGCCAACAUUACAAAAUCCAUAUGGAAAGAGCAUUUUACAAGUGCUUAUUUCAAAAUUGUUUAAUGUUUUCACAGCCAUUUAUUUGCUCUGUGUAGGAUGGUAUGGAUAAAAGCUGUAUUAAAGAAUAUAAAGUAGUUUUUACCUGACAGCUGUCUUUCUUCUCUUUUUUGUCUUACCCUUGUUUAUCAAACAUAUAAUUUAGUAUAAGUACAUGUAAAAGUCAUCUGAUAAAACUGUUUGAGCAGUAUUGGGGAAGAACACGAGCAUAAUGGUGUAUAGGAUGUUUCAUCAUUUGAGAUAUUAUUGUGCAUAAUACUAGUACUUAAGUAUAGGUAUAUGAGAGCUAGAAGUUAGUGUUGGGCAAAGCUGAGUGAGGAUUGGAAUUCUCAUAGGAGUUCAUUUUGAAAAUAGUUGAUUCAUGGGCAAGUGAGUUCUGUAUGUUUCAUGUUAAUUGUGGCAGCUACUUGUGCCACAAGCAUGUUCUUUACAUGUUAUAAUAGCUUUAACACAUUAUUUUUGUACAUAGUUUUACAUCUUUUCAUGUUGCAUUUCCUUUAUCAGUACAUUUUCUUUUCAAUGCUAUCCAUGUUCUGAGUGCUAAGAAAUUGUUGCUGCGGUUUAAAGCCUUUAUUAAUGGAAUCCAUUACAUGGUCUUAUUGCUCCAGUGCAUAUUAUUUUUAUAUUAUACAGGAAAUGAAAAUUGUGUAUUAAAAAGAAUCAUUUACUUUAAUCCAGAAAACGUAAUGAUAUGUGAACCCUUUUAGUGUAUUCCAGAAUGUGACUAACAAGUCUGACCUGUAAAUGUUAUAGCCUAGUAGCUUUAAUAUAUAUUUUGUACAUAGCAUUGAAUCCUUUCCAAAUGCAUAUUUUGUAUUUCGUGUGAUGAUGCACAUUCUUAUAAUAUUUGUAUGUUUCCCAUAGCUAAACCAUACUACAAAACUGACAGCAAUGAAAUUCACUUUAUUCCUUAUAUAUGAGUAGUAAUUGUAGCUUCACUACAUCUUUUUAUUUUAUUGAAGGCUUAUUUUAUGGAGAAAAAAUGCUUGUUACAUUAACCGUAUUUUGUAAAAGUCUUUUUAGUAUGAACAAUUUUACUGUAUGUUUGAAAAAUAUACUAUAUGAUAUGAAUUUA